AUGGCGGGUGCCUUACCGGUCGUCGAGCCCGCGGCACGCGACGACGCUGCCGCUGGCGCUGGAGCAACGUUGCGGGAACUGGGUCAACGAGCUUUGCGCCGUUAUAGAGGAUCCUAUGGGCUAAUCCAUAGCACAUCGGCAGCAAACUUUUACAGAUCUUUAACACUUUUUGAAUGCCAGCCUCCGUCUCGUUUCAUUUUGUGUAAAAGUACUUUUGACUGGGCGGAUUCCAGUGUCGGGAUAGCUCCUCAAAACAUGUCUAAGGACUCAAUUCCAUGGGUGGAAAAGUACCGUCCACAAAAGCUCUCUGAGAUUGUCGGAAAUGAAGAAAUUAUACAGUCGUUGGGAUAUUUUGUUGAAAAGGGUAAUCCUCCACACUUUAUUCUGUCGGGCCCACCUGGUUGCGGGAAAACUACUGCUAUUUGGGCUAUGGCGAGGGAGUCGCUCGGUGAACAUGUGAAAAAUGCAGUAUUGGAACUGAAUGCUUCUGAUGAUAGAGGGAUUGACGUCGUUCGCAACAAGAUCAAGACGUUUUGCCAGACUAAAGUGACGCUUCCUCCAAUGCGUCAAAAGCUAAUCAUCCUGGAUGAAGCGGACUCUAUGACCGAGGGCGCUCAACAGGCUUUGCGACGUACCAUGGAGAACUAUAGCGAGACUACACGUUUCGCUCUCGCUUGCAAUCAGUCAGAAAAAAUAAUAGAACCGGUACAGUCACGUUGCGCCAUCUUGCGAUUUCAUAAAUUGACCGAUGCACAACUAGCUCACAGAUUGCAGGAAGUCUGUGCUGCAGAAAAGGUCAGCUACGAUGAUGAAGGAAUAAAUGCUCUUCUAUUCACAGCUCAAGGCGAUAUGCGUCAGGCACUGAACAAUCUCCAAUGCACCGUAUCUGCUUACGAAUUUGUCUCUGCCGAUAAUGUAUUGAAGGUCUGUGACGAACCUCAUCCAGAACUAAUGGCAAAUAUGCUGAAACUUUGCGCGGAGCAGAAAAUUCAAGAAGCAGCUCAGAUAGUACACGAUUUCUACAGAAUGGGUUAUUCGCCUGAAGAUAUAAUAGCUAAUAUGUUCCGUGUAUCCAAGACGGUUCCUCUAUCAGAAUACGUUAGGAUGGAAUUUAUGAAGGAGAUAGGACUGUGCCACAUGCGAAUUAGCGAAGGGCUUUCGUCAUUACUCCAGCUAUCUGGACUGGUGGCAAAACUGUGUGCACUUGACACAAAAUAACUUCCAUGUUUCCAAAAAGUGUCUAUUUGUUCGGGUUUCAUUUCUUGAUGCAGUUCGGAUUCCUUUCUUAUCAAUUAUGUACAGCAUAAGAUCUCAGACUUCAUUGUCUUCGUCAUCUUCAAGUUUGAAAUCAGAGCUCUCAUCUUCCUUCAGAAGAGUGCCGGCAACAAUUCCAGAAAACAGUAUGGCGCCCAUCCAUCGGUUAGAUCUGAACUUUUUCCAGCAGUCGCUUCCGUCAUUUAUGUCUAGAGUGCCGAUUUGCCAUCCAAAGUGCAGAGAAGUAGC